AGCGGCGGGGGUGCGGGGAUGUGGCUGCCGGCGGCGGUGCGGGAGCGGGUGGCGGCGGUGCACGGCGGUGCGGCGCUGCCCGAGCGCCUGCGGCAGUACGAUGGCUGGGCCGCCCGCUACGAGCAGGAUGUGGCGGCGCUGGAGUACCGGGCUCCGCACCUGGCCGCCGCUUCGCUCUCAUUCGCCUUCCCCGCGCCGCCCGCCGGGGCGCGGCUGCUCGACGUGGCCUGUGGCACUGGGCUGGUAGCGCGGGAGCUCCACCGCCGCGGCUUCCGCUGCCUGCACGGCGUGGACGGCAGCGCGGGGAUGCUGGAGCAGGCGCGGAGCACCGGCCUCUACCGGCAGCUGCAGCGGUGUGUCCUGGGCCAGGAGCCCCUGCCCGUGCCCCCAGAGCACUACGAUGCCGUGAUGGUGGUGGGGGCCCUGGGCGAGGGGCAGGUGCCAAGUGCAGCUUUGCCGGAGCUGCUGCGUGUCACCAAGCCGGGAGGUUUCCUCUGCCUGACUACAAGGAGCAACCCCUCGAACCUGCGGUACAAGGCAGAGCUGGAGGCAGUGCUGGAGAAGCUGGAGAGGCAGGGAGCCUGGCAGAAGGUGCUGGCCCAGGAGGUGGAGCGCUGGGAGAGGGCCACCUCCGAGGAGGAGAGCACCCAGGGCACCGGCUACAUCUCCGGAGUGGUCUACAUCUAUCGAAAAUGCCCUGUCCCCCCCCUCGAGGAGGGAUAAAUGCGACACGGCUCUGGCGGGGGUGGAAGUGAGCACUUUGCCCCUUGUCAAACCCAGCCAGGGACCCCCUCCCAGAGCAGGGCAGCUGCUGGGGAGUGACAGUGUUUUCAGGGAGCAUCCCCAUGCCCUUCCCCAUGCUCCUUCCCCCGUCGAGUUCUGGGCCCUGGGGACCUUGCCUGCUCUUCAGCAUAGGGAGGGUCUGAUGUUUUCACUAGGGUCUCCUGGGCACCACCACUAGCUCUGACAUUCAGGUACCGUCCCCAACACCUCGGCCCUCACCGUGACAUCUCACGGACCCAGCUGGCUGCUCAGAGCUAUAUCCUGUCUGGGAUGUCUCGCUGCCAUGCCCACCUCUCAGCCCUCAUGGUCAAAACGUGGAUCCUUCUUCAUCUUCCCCACCCCAGACCCCUGUGGUCUUUACCUGAGGACUGUUGGAGGUGGGGCCCCAUUGCCAUGUCCUGUGAUCGCCCAUCCUCAUCCUCCCCAGGACUUAACCCAGUGUACCCUGAGGUGCAGGAAAUCCCACAUCCAAACCAGGAGCAGCUGUGCCAAGGUGACACCCAGACGGAGAAGCUUUCCAAGUACCACAUUGGCCUUUCAUCCUGCAACAGCUGCUUAAGUCUC